ACGCCACAUAGGAAGGGGGUGCCGGGGCCAGGAGGCGAGACGCUCAGCCCAGGUCCUCUGUGCCUGGGCUCAACCUCAAGAGGACCAACAAGCGCCAACUCGGGGCCCAGCGGACCCACGCCAGGCUGUCGCUCAGAGGCGCUGGGCCCAAGCCCGGAGGCCCGGCAGGCGCCGCCGGAGGAGCCCCGCAGACGCCAUGCUAAAAGCCAAAAUGGCUGCCCCAAGGAUGCCCGCAGCGCGCCGCCUGUGAGCAGGGAGCCGGCCGCUGCGGGAACGGGGGAGGGGGCGCCGGGAAGGCAGUCGCCGCUCGCCAGCCGGAGCCUCUCGGGUUGUAGCCACAGGCAUCCCUUGCUGUUACUUUUAAUUUCUAUUUGGAAAGGAAUUGGCCAAAGGGGGAAAAUGAUAAAGUUCUUCCUUAUGGUGAACAGACAGGGGCAGACCCGCCUGUCUAAGUACUAUGAGCACGUGGAGAUUAAUAAACGCACACUUCUGGAAACGGAGGUCAUCAAGAGUUGUCUGUCUCGAUCUAGCGAACAAUGCUCGUUCAUUGAAUAUAAGGAUUUUAAGCUGAUCUAUCGGCAAUAUGCAGCUCUCUUCAUCGUGGUUGGAGUUAACGACACUGAGAAUGAGAUGGCUAUUUAUGAAUUCAUACACAAUUUCGUAGAAGUUUUAGACGAGUACUUCAGCCGAGUGAGUGAACUAGAUAUAAUGUUUAAUUUGGAUAAAGUCCACAUCAUUUUGGAUGAGAUGCUGCUGAACGGCUGCAUUGUGGAAACCAACAGAGCGAGAAUCCUUGCCCCUCUCCUGAUCCUCGACAAGAUGUCGGAAAGCUGAGGACAACUGCCAGGCAAGGUCAGAAUGGCAGGCAUGCCAAGAUAUUGCGAACCACGCAGCCUUCCGAGAACUGUUGGUAGCUGUUUCCCAUGAUUCCUCAGGAGAAAACAAUUCUGUGUACAAAGGAACUUUUUCUCUUAACAGAGAGCCAAGGUUUCACGUGGCAACUGCAAGCGUGCUUUUCCUUCUGCGGGAACAGCAGGACCGUUGUGGAUGAAGGGAUGGCAGCUGUCCUUUAGCCAAUAAAUUGACUUGCCUGCCUGACAUUCAUAAA